AUGCCAUUCAAACCAUCCCCGCUGGGCUAUGGGUCGCCCCGGACUUCACCUUUCCGUCGCCCAGUGUCGCCAGGAUCUCCCAACACACUACGUCAGACCACACCCACCGCAUCGCCAACAAAGACAGCAGGUCCCCCGAGUCCAGUGCUAGACUUCAAAUCCUCACGAACCUCUCCGGGUCGCGAACUGCCAACUCCACAAGCUCGCCUUUCUCCCAGACCUGUAGCAUCCAAGACCGGGCCAGUAGGUCACGGGAGCGCCAUGUCUCAAUUACAGCCGUCGCAAGUCAGAACGUUGCGAGAGGGAUUCCAGAUUCUGGAUAGAGACAGCGAUGGUGUUGUGAAUAGGGAGGAUGUCGUGGAUAUGUUGAACCAAUUGGGUCUUCCAUCAAACGCGUCAGAGGUCACCCAAUUCUUCCCUCCCUCGGUGCCACAAACAAUGACGAUGGCUUUGUUCAUGAACUCGAUAGCAGGGUCUCUGGCGGCUCUGUCGCCCAGCGCCGAGCUCCUAUCGGCCUUCUCGGCAUUUGACGACGACGAUAGCGGGCAGAUUGACGUGGCCGAGCUUCGGGACGCGCUGCUCAACACGGCGCCCGAGCCGGGCCAGCAGCCGUUGACAUCGCUAGACGUCGAAAAGGUAAUCAACGGUUUCACCAGCCGUCGAGCCUUCACCAAGAGCAAGACGGGUGGCGGGCUGGGCAAGCGGGGGGAAGUAUUCCGGUACCAGGAUUUUGUAAACUCGGUGGUUGGAAACAACACGGGCAGCGAACGGGCGUCGGAAGAUUCAGAGGAGGCGUAA